UCGCUUACCAAAAAUCAGUAUAGCAGAACUCCAUAACACAUUUGUAUUAAAUCUCACAUGCAAAGAAAGAAAAAGUAAAAUGUGAAUGGCAUCAAAAAAUAUUUACUCCCCUUACUGGAUUUCCCCCCUACUGCUGCUAUGGGCAGACCCAGGCCAGCUUCCAAGCAUCCACACAGCCAGUUGCUCAGAUCCACCUGCUCGGUGGGACUGGGGACGGAAUAGGAAGAUCGAAUGCAAGAGAAGUCAUGUGUCAAGAUAAAGACAGUUUUAACAGGUGAAGGAAAGGAAAAAAAACACCAAACCAAGUGACGCAUAGGUGGUCUCCCACUACCUCCCGCAAGCACAGUGAUGUCCAGCAAGUCUUUGAGCAGCAACCACCUUGGAAGACACCCCCACCCCUCCACCAUUUUUCAUCUCCUCCCAAUCUUGAUUGCCGAGUGUGGUAUGGGAUAUGUCUGUGGUCAGUUAGGGGCUGUUGUCCUGUCUCUGUUCCUUCCCAACUUCUUGUCCACCUCUAACUUACAUGCUGGGGACAGGCCAGACAGGGCAAUGAAGAAAGCCUCAAUUUUGUGCAAGCAGUGUCCAGGAAUAGACAAAUUACUAGUGUGUUAUCAAUAUUGUUUUAGCCAAAAUCCAAGACACAGCACCAUAUUGGUGGCUAGUUAAUUUCAUCCCAGCCAGGCCCAGUACAAUUGCUCAUGUAUAAUUUAAAGCCAUGCACUAUUGAUGAUUUUUUUCACCAAUUUGAGAUUUCUUAAGAAACAGUUCAUAGUUCAAUAAUGACUUUCAAAAAGCUAUUUCCUGCAGAUUAUGCUCUGUUCACACUUGGAUGUUGGUUGGAAAAGACCUGUGACAUCAAAACACAUCCAAGAAUUAGGUUUUCCAAGUUCUUCUCUUUUCCCUAACGUGUAGGCAGUGCAAAUAAGAAGCACAUUCCCACUACAGCAACCACCAGAAGUCUCACUGACACAGACCAAACACAGAGACAUUUUUAACUGGUAUGAAAUAGGAAAGUACAAAAGCACUUUGUCAGCUCUACUAACUAUAAGGGGUGUAUGGUCCAUUUUGCAACAAGGAAAGAGAGACAGUGUUUCACCAUUGGAAAUAACGCCUGUAUCCCACAUUAGUGCUAACACUGAUUUAUUAUGGGGAAGAAGGAAGUGGACUUUUCAUCCCACUAGCACUGCCCAUCACGAGGCAUGAUGCCAUGUCACACAGCAGAGUCACACACAGUUAAAGGAGACCUGCCCACUCAGGCCCCAGCCGAGGCUCCUCGUGGCACUCAUCAGCUCUGUCUGACCCACAGCAGGAGCAGCUCAUCCCUGGACAGUCCUUGUCAAAGGACAAUUGUCACCUUUUGGCUGUGUAAGGUCAUCUGCAGCAGGAAUUAACUCCCUGUCACACAGGUUAUUGAGGAGGUCUUGAAGAAAGACCUAACUUCUGCUCAGUGUCUGGGCAGAACUGUCUCCUCCACACUUGGAGUUGCUACAAAAAGUAUUUUCGAAUGAAAUAUGGAGGGACUUUUUAAAGUGAAAUACAACAGGAAGGGGAGAUACUGUGCUGCGGUAGGCCCCUGUGUUGCUCCAAAAGGAAACUUUGUAAGAGUCAUUUUCUCACCGAAGUACACAGAAGUACGGAAAGAUGCAGAACUUCAGUAUUCACCGCAAGUGCACAUACUCCUUUUCUCCUUAGGAGAAGCCCACAUCUCAUACACUUCGAUCCUCCAUCCCAACCGCGGUGCCGAGCCGCCUGCGUGUCCGCUUUACAAAGCCAGCCGCCUGCCAGGCGACGCCGCUGGCACAGGGGCCCAAAUCACAGGGUACCAAGGAGACUCAAAUCGCGGGGUACCAAGGAGAUCCAGACCACAGGGUGCCGCGGAGCCCCGCAUCAGGAGCGAGGAGGCCGGGGGCACGGCGGCUGCGCCCGCCGAGGAGGAGGGAGUGCGCGGCGACACCCCGUUGAGGAAGUGGCCGCGGCGGCGAGAGGAAAGGGGGAAGCGGCGGCACCCACGGCGCUACGCGCGGGUCCAGCCCCGCUCCCGGCCGCGCCGCGUCCCGGCACGGCACGGCACGGCACGGCACGGCACGGCACGGCACGGCACGGCACGGCACGGCUCUGCGGAGCCGCCCGGCCCAGGGCUGCCUCCCCGCCGGCUCUCUCCCGGCGGCAGCGGGCGGCGGGCGGCGGCGAAGCGCGGGGCCGAGCGACCCGCGGUCAGCGCUCUGUUUUGUAGGCCUGCAGUAGCUCUGCAGCUUUGAUGUCUCCCUUCUUUGGGAAGGUGGAAGAAGACCAGAAGAUCUGCACAACAUGUGAUUUUUCCUGACUGUGUCCUGUCUAGUUUUCUAUACUGGAUACAGAAUACUAAGUUUCCUACUUGGGAAAGACAAAGCAUGGCUUCCAACACAGCGAACCCUGCCAACCAUUUGCCAUACUUCUUUGGCAAUAUUACACGUGAAGAAGCUGAGGUGUAUCUGAUGCAAGGAGGAAUGAGUGAUGGACUAUACUUGCUCCGGCAAAGCCGGAAUUACCUGGGGGGCUUUGCCUUAUCCUUGGCCCAUGGAAGGAAGGCUCAUCAUUAUACAAUUGAGAGGGAGCUGAGUGGCUCAUAUGCUAUUGCAGGAGGCAAGUCGCAUGCCAGUCCUGCUGAACUCAUUAACUAUCACUCAGAGGAAGCAGAUGGCCUUGUCUGCCUACUGAGAAAACCUUUCAACCGACCACCAGGCGUUGAACCCAAAACAGGACCCUUUGAAGAUUUAAAAGAGAACCUCAUCAGAGAGUAUGUUAAACAAACUUGGAAUUUGCAGGGGCAUGCUCUUGAACAAGCUAUCAUUAGUCAAAAGCCUCAGCUGGAGAAGUUGAUUGCCACUACAGCCCAUGAGAAGAUGCCGUGGUUCCACGGGAGGAUCUCACGGGAAGAGUCAGAACACCGUAUCCUCAUUGGGUCAAGAAACAAUGGGAAAUUUCUUAUCCGAGAAAGGGACAACAAUGGCUCCUAUGCCCUGUGUGUACUGAGUGAUGGAAAAGUGCUGCAUUACCGUAUCGACAGAGAUAAGACAGGAAAGCUCUCCAUACCAGAUGGAAAAAGAUUUGACACCCUCUGGCAGUUAGUUGAGCAUUAUUCAUACAAACCAGAUGGAUUAUUAAGGGUUCUUACCAUUCCCUGUCCACAACUGGGCUCAGAAAAUGAUACUGUUAUUUUUAACACUUGUCCUCCUCUUCCUGGGACUCCUUCUAAGAGUUGGGCAGGAGGUGGAAUUAUCUCAAGACUCAAAUCGUACACCUUUCCAAAGGCUGGCAGCAAAAAGCUUCAACCAACUAUUGGCCACCUGCCUGAUGAAGCACCUUUUAAUCCUUAUGUGCUGCAAAGGAAGAGAGGUCUUACAGGGGCAGAAAAAGGUGAUCAGAGGGAGGCCUUACCGAUGGAUACUGAGGUCUAUGAAAGUCCAUAUGCUGAUCCAGAUGAAAUGAAACCAAAAAAUGUCACUCUUGACAGAAAAUUGUUAACCUUGGAGGAAGGAGAACUUGGCUCUGGCAACUUUGGUACUGUAAAGAAAGGGUUCUAUAAGAUGAAAAAGGGUGCCAAGCCAGUGGCUGUAAAAAUUCUUAAGAAUGAGAGUAAUGAUCCAGCCAUAAAGGAUGAAUUACUGAGAGAAGCAAAUGUAAUGCAGCAACUGGAUAACCCAUAUAUUGUCCGGAUGAUAGGCAUAUGUGAAGCUGAGGCCUGGAUGUUAGUAAUGGAAAUGGCUGAACUUGGACCACUGAAUAAAUUUUUGCAAAAAAAUAGACAUGUCACGGAGAAGAAUAUAACAGAGCUGGUACAUCAGGUUUCCAUGGGGAUGAAAUACCUGGAGGAGAAUAACUUUGUUCAUAGGGAUCUGGCUGCAAGGAACGUGCUAUUAGUCACCCAACAUUAUGCCAAAAUUAGUGACUUUGGACUUUCUAAAGCUCUUAGUGCUGAUGAAAAUUAUUAUAAGGCACAAAGUCAUGGAAAAUGGCCAGUCAAGUGGUACGCUCCAGAAUGCAUGAAUUUCUACAAAUUUUCUAGCAAAAGUGAUGUCUGGAGCUUUGGGGUUUUAAUGUGGGAAGCUUUCUCUUAUGGGCAAAAACCAUAUAAGGGAAUGAAAGGUGGUGAAGUUGCACAGAUGAUUGAAAGAGGAGAACGAAUGGAACGUCCUGAAGUUUGUCCCACAGAAGUCUAUGAUCUGAUGAAGUUGUGUUGGACAUACAAUGUUGAUGACCGACCAGGAUUUGUUGCAGUCGAGCUGAGAUUACGUAACUACUAUUAUGACAUUUCCCACUAACAGCAUGAAGGACAGCAGCUUCCUUACCUCCAUCCAGCACCCUCUGAGAAGCAGUUCAGUUUCUGAAGCCAAACAAUUUUGAUUUUUGUACUACCACUUUUUCCCUGAAAAGCUCAGAGCUAAUCUCUGCGUCUGUAGGGUUGCCUUUUCUUGCCUUCUGCACAAUAUCCAGCCACAAAAUAGAGUGUUGAAAGUGGAGAGGCCACAAAGCGAGCAGCAAGGACGUCAAAACAGAUGCCAUUUAAUUUUAUUUACAGCUUUAUUGGCAUUAUAUUUUUCAGUAAUGUAAAACCCAUUUAAUGCAUUUCAGCCCUCUUCCUCUCUUGUAUUUGGAUGCAGAUUGGAGUUUAGAUUCUUGUUAUUAAUAUUCUUAGCCCUAGAAUGCAUUAAGAGUUGUUCCAGCCUUCCCCCUCCCCAAGGAAGGAUAGCAUAAACAUUUCUCACUGUGAAGGAAAUUCACUGUGAAAAUAUGUUAGUCGCAUUGACUGACAGAAUGUUUUAUUUUAUCCCCAAGCCCCUUUAAAAUCAAACUGUAUUCUUCUCAGUGGUAAUCUAGGCAGAGGGGAACUAGGAGAUGUGAAUUUCUGACAUCAUCAUUGCCUUUAAAUGUGAGCAACUUCUCUCAUUCCCCAUCUCAUGCAGAAGCCCCGCUGUCCCUCAGGGAGUUAUAUUUUUUCGUGGUGAAACCUGGGAACUCAGGGUCUUGCUCUUGUCUUGGAGCAAAACACGUCAGCACCUAAAACAGUAAUUCUGUUUUUUAACAUAAACUCCAUCACUGAAUUCCGGAAAAGACAGAGGUACAGUGAAAGGUGAUGGAACAGCACUUUUCUUUCUCUGUGCUGUUUUAGCCUUCUCCAGAGCUAUCUUUUCCAUGUAUCUCUCUGGGUAUACCAAAGAUCCUUGUGUUAUGUUUUGAGCAGGAAUCAUUUCUAUCUUUUCCAAACCCUUGUUGCAAAGCAUUUGUGAGAAUUUACUACACUUUACCUCCUCUAAAGCUAAAUUUUACCCCUAGCUCAGAUAUUUUAAAACAGGCAUAUGGACAUUGAGAUUACUUUUACCUGCUCCUAAAUGUUAGUAUUUGUCUUGUUAUUAAUCCCUGUGAGCAUCUCAGGAAAAGUUAUUUUUCUUAUCACUAAUUUGUAAUGCACCAUACAUCUCCAUUAAUGUGCAAGUAUGGCAAAGGUAAUAACAAAUAACGUAGUCAACUUCUGAUUCUAUUUUCACCCUUAUGCUUUGUUUGUCCAAUCUCAUUUUAAAUAUUAUAGAUAUCAAAAUUUCUAUUGCUUAUUCCUCACAAGCAGCUACUUUACUGGCAUUUACAUAUAUCUCAGGAAUCUACAUACAUUGCAUCUACUAGAUAUAGAGAUUUUAGAAGAAUAUAAAGAGUAAGAUUUAGAGACAGAUAUAUUUAUUGCAUAUGGCUGGUUAGAACAUACGUGUUUAAUUGUGUGAACAGGGUAUUCUUAGAGAAGCAGUGAUAUUUUUUUCUCUAGCCAAGAAGCUGUGGGCAAUUACAGUGAGAAAGUGUGAAAUAAUUUCCAGAAAAGAGAUUACUAUAAAUAAAUGUAGGAGCUACUGUAUUUUUUUUUUCUUUUAACUGAUUUGUGGUCUAUUUUUCAAAAAGUAUGUGGUGAUUUUUGGUAGUUUAAUCUUGGGUGUUCAAUGCAAGACACUUCAGAAAGCACAUGCUACUGAAAGAUACUGAGCGCAAUAGACCACGUUUCAAAUGUGACCAAACUUGACUUAUACUGAAGGUGAUUUAUUUCUUGUUUUGUUUGUAAGAAACAUUUUUCUACAAGAACAGCUUGUGUAGAAGUUAGCCAUAGUUAUAUGUAGGUGUUUUGUUGCUUUAAUCCUGUUGCAGAGAAAUUGUUAGCUCUACAUGUGCAAUGAAUUCAUGGGGAUAUUAAUUAUUAAAAAACUGCACAAAUCUCUACUAGCCAGCAAGUGACAGUACUCAAUUUCUCUGAAAUAUACAUAUCUCUUCAUAUAUAUCUCUGUCUCUUAAAAAGUGUUAUCUGAUGCAACAAAACUGGUGGAAUAUUUCUUCUCUCUUCUGAGUGAAUGUCACUUUCUGGUGUUACUUGAUUAUUUUUAACUUCACUAUUAUGUAAUAAAAGUUUACAAUGAGAAUA